GGCUCCGGGGCAGAGGCUGGCGCGAGCGCCGUCGAGCUCGUCCGCGAGAUGUCGGGCCGGCGGCUCCGGGUCGCGCCAGAGUCGUGCCGGGCGCUGCUCGACGCGACCGCGCGGAGCGACGGCCUGCCGCUAUUCCUGUCGGCGCUUUCGGCCUGCCGCGCCAAUGGCGCGUGCCGCGCCUUCGCCAGCGCGCGCCUCUCUUCCCGACCCUCCGCCGUGUCUGCGCUCGCGCCGCUGCCCGAGGACUCUCGCGCCGCCGAGGUGAGCUUUGCGGUCGGCUUUAGCGGCGUGCUGCUCGCGCUUGGCGGGCUCGAGUUUGUGGACCUGCUCGACCCGGUGCUGCCGGGGGAGACGGAGGCGCCGCCGCUCUGGCUCCUCGCCGGCGGCCUCGCCGGCGUCUGGGGCUUCGACCGCUACUCGCGCCGUGGCGAGGGCGCGGCCAGCCUCGCGCGAGGGCUGUCGCGGCUCUUCUCGCGGGACGUGACGCGGGAGAGCACGGCGGAGGCCGCCUCUUUCGUCUCCGGCUACCUGCUCGGCCUUCCCUCGUGCGCCUUCACGCCCACCGCAGUGCGGCCGGUCGAGCUGCUCGCCGCCGCCUCGGACGCGCUCGGCGGCGCGGCGGGCGGCGGCCAGCCGCGGCUAGCCGACAGGGUGCUCGUGUGGUUGCUCUCGCCCGUGGCGGCGGAGGUAGCGGCGUACGGCGAUGUGACCAUCUCGCGCCCGGCGCUCGCCGCCCAGUUCCUUCAGGCUGCGCGGCGGCGCGAGGCGUCGGCGGGCGUCGACGUGCAGGAGGGAGGCUGGGGCGAGGGCGAGGAGGCGGACGAGGUGCGGUUGCGGUGGGCGUUCGGAGAGGCGAAGCGCCUGCUGGCGGCGAACGCCGCGGCGCAGCAGGCGCUGCAGGACCAGAUGGCGGCGGGCGCGUCGGUGGGCGGGUCGGUUCUCCUGCUCGAGGAGAGGCUGAAGGGCCGCUGGGGGUCGGUCUGAAGAGAUCUGAGCUGAAGGGCGUGGGGGCAGCAGGUCUGAGAGAUGCCGGAGCCCCACGCGAGUCGCUAGGCUUGCCGUGGGUGCUUGACCAUGGGACGCAGGCCGAGGGGCGUCGGGCCCUUGCGCGAGAGUCUAAUGCUAGAUUUAGACUGGUGGUGGGAGAGCGGAACGGGAAGAGCCCGCGCGCACCACAUAACCUGUCUACCUGUGCGCUCAAACAAAAAAAAUUGAAGGAAAUAAAUUG